UCCUGAAUCAGCGAGUACCUUAUGGUAACUGCGUACAGGUAGGAGUAUAUGGGCCGCAUCACGGCGUGAUGGCCGGGACAAACUUGAACGCCAGAAACAGCAAGCCGACUUUGUUUCGGUCCGGCAGAUGCUGUGUGUUCCUUGCCUAUCCUUCUUCCCGGUCCGUCAUGGGUAGGUAAUCCGGCCGGAUGUCUUCAAUUCAACGAUAUCAUAUAUGAUCAUAUAAUCAGCCCGUUCCUAUUUGGAUAUGUCUGGGGCAAAUCUAAUCGUCGUGGGGUCAUCCAUCUGCCGCCUGCUCGAGCUGCUGCCUGAGCCCCACGAUCACUGGGGAUGGGUUUCCCGAUCUUUGAAGGGCUUACACGUAGGUAUGGAUGGAUAAGAUCCUUAAUGCAAGCCACUGGCAUGUCUUCCAAAUACAAGAUGCCGGAAGCUUUCAAGAAUAUCUGCUUCCGCGGGCGCCGAACAGAGGCAAGCGCUUGUGUUUUUUGUGGCUCCUACUGCUUCUAGUGACGACGAAUUAUAUUCUUUUUUGGUCGAUCACGGUCCGGUCCCCACGAGCGGAGUACGGGGUCCUCCUACAACUUCAGGCAGAAUGAUGAGAGCGUCCUGAGUUUUGGACAUUGAGAUCUGGAUCAGCGGCCUCGUCGUCUCGCCCAGUCCAACUGGUGGUCGCUGGAGGGCUGUGACUACAAAGACUACCAGGAGAAAGUGACCGAUUGUGAACAUGGAAAAGCAAUAUCCACGGGCGAAAGUCCCAUUAAAGGUUGUUAUAGUAGGAGCAGGUAUAGCAGGCCUUGCGGCAGCAUUGGCCCUGGGGAAACGCGGACAUGAUGUCCACAUCAUCGAAGUUGCUCCCGGGAUCGCAGAAGUCGGCGCCGGCAUCCAAGUGGCGCCCAACAUGCUCCGGCUUCUCGAUCGAUGGGGAGUAGGAAUCAAGGUACGACAGACCGGAGUGGCUCUGCAAGCCAUCCACAUCCUACGAUGGCAAGAAGGAGCGCUGCUAGGCAGCGUGCCGAUCAACCAGCAGCUAGGCGAACAGGUCGUGGUGCAUCGAGCAGAUCUGCAGAAGGCACUGUUGGAGAAGGCACUGGCUCAACCGAACGUGAGGCUUCAAAUCAAUAGCAAGGUCGAGAAUGUCCGUUUCAGUCCCGCAGCCGUCGAGCUUGCCGAUGGCUCGGUCAUCCAGGCCGACGUGGUGCUUGCCGCGGAUGGGAUCAAGUCCUCUGUCCGGGGCAAGAUCUUGGGUGAUGACAAGGACGUUGCCGUCCCUACCGGGGACGCAGUGUUUCGAGUCGUUCUCACUCGUGACAUGAUGAGCAAACAUGCCGAUUUGUUGCCGUAUAUUAAUGAGAAGAAGGCUAUCCGCUGGGUAGGUCCGGGACGACAUAUCAUCGCCUAUCCAGUCCGCAAUCAUGAGAUCUAUAAUAUGGCGCUUGCACAUCCGGAUCGUGGACGAGUCGAUGAAAGCUGGACGACGGUGACUUCCAAGAAGCAUCUCUUGGGCGAGUACAAAGGCUGGGAUCCCAUGCUGAUUAAAAUGCUCAACCUUGUUCCCGAGGGCGAUGUUUUGGAGUGGAAACUUUGCAUGCAUAUGCCCCUUUUGCGUUGGGUCCAGGGUUCAUGUGCGCUGCUUGGAGAUGCGUGCCAUCCUAUGCUGCCAUACGUCGCCCAAGGGGCAGCGCAGGGGGUGGAAGAUGGUGCCUCGCUUGGAGUGGUGUUGUCUUCGAUUUCGUCAAAGGACGAAAUACAGCUUGCGCUCAAGGCUUACGAAAAGGCCCAAAAGGCCCGCGCCGAACAUAUCCAGCAGUCUUGCUUGACCACUCGAAUCGCCCUCCAUCUCCCCGACGGGCCGGAACAGGUGGCUCGCGACCAGAAGUUCAAGGCCAUGUCGGCCGGAGGCGCCAGCGACGAUAAAUGGGGAGAUCCGGAAAUGCAACGAUUCCUUUGGUCUUGGGAUGCCGAAGCCAAAGCAGAGGAGGCGUGGAGAGAUAUCACGCGAAACUCGUCAUUCCAGAGUCGACUGUGAGUGGCCGUGGCCCCCUGAUUUCGCAAUUUGACAGGGCCUUCAAUGGCAUUAUGCAAACCUGGGGCCAUGGACUUGCUGUGCAGUGUCAUGUCAGAAGAUGUCGCCCCAAGGCUCUGAAUCGUACGCUGGGGGAGAUGAGGCUUCGACACAACCCCAACGCGGCCGCGGCAACGGCAGGUCUCUUUUUUGAACAGUUGCCGGCGCCGGCGCCGUCGCCCUCUGGCGUGAUUCAGCCUCCGGGUGCUGUUAAAUUCACAGUUCUCAUUGGUGUUUGCGCACAGGAAAGAGUAAUAUCGCAUGCGAGACGGUCAGUUCCUGGAUGCGUAUUAUGCCACGUUCGGCCACGUCCCCGGCUGCGUCAUACCAAUGAGAAGUUUAUAUUUAUUGACAAAUACCUUGUCUGAAAGUGGCGAGGGCGCACCUGGAUUGGACUGGUCGCCAGACGACAAAGACGAACUAUGAAUCAACGAAGUUCAGCAGGCGUUUCGGCAACGGCCGAGCCAUCAUUCCACAAUUCCAGUUCCACGUCUGCUACCGCUAGUAGUAGUAUCUUCGAACGCUCCUCGGAAACCUCCAAUGUAGCAGUUCCUGUCGCCCGAUGCAAAUGAACCCUAGCUCAUACUGCAUGGGUACACGCAGGUCCCUGCCUAGAGAGCACGGACGAGUU